AUGCCUUGUCCCCAGGGUGAGCCCCCAGGUAAGGGUACCAGUUUCUUCCUGAGCCAUGACCAGAGCCAUUCCCAGAUAAAUGAGGUUUCCUGGAAGGAUGUUACCAAUGCCUUAUCUCUGGCCAACAUGGUCCUGGGGCUCUUCUCCAUCAUCUUCAGCUUCAGCAGGAAACGCCACUAUGCUUCCUGGAUGCUCCUGGUCAGCUUCCUGUUGGACAUGGCAGUCAGGGCAAUGACCAGCCACAUCAACAUCUGCUCCAAAUGGGGAGCCGAGCUGAAUGACUUUGCCGUCUUCACCACCUUCGGCCUGGCCUCCGCUCUGCUCCUAGGCGUGGAUGGACUUCUGAGUGGGAUCCUGGCCAUCAUCUAUGUGUCAGCUGCUUCUUUCCACUUGUGCUUUUAUUCACCUGGAGUCCCCUCCACAUACAAGGGUCUACCCUGCCCCUAUGCUUCCUGCAUCUUGGCUUCCACCUCCCUUCUGACCAAAGGCAACAGGUUCAUCCUCUGCUGCAUGGCCUCACUCAUGAUUCUCUUCAUGAUGGACCAGAGCUACUAUCCAUAUGACAAAAUCCUGGAGUCUGAGAACUGGAAAAAAUUGGUUUAUAUGGGAGGUGUCAUCAUGCUGUUUUUCUCCCCAUUGUCUCUGUCUGCUUUUUACUGCCUGAUGUGGUCGCUCUCAUACAUCUUCUUUCCAGAUGCUCUGUGGGGCAAGGCAGCUUGUCUUUCGCCACAGCACUGA